CCACACCCACCCAUUCAUCUUUUUCCCCACUUUCUCCACUUCCUUGUCUCCUUAUAAGCCUUUCACCCUUCACCCCCUUUUCCACUCCCAAACCCUUCUUCUCCAUCCAAAUUUGGCACCAAACACACCAUGCCAAACCCUCUUUCUUUCCUCACAUUCUCACUCCUUCUCCUCUCUUUCCACCUUCUCAAUGCCCAAGAAGACUCUGAGUUUGGCCAUGCCGUAGACCGCAAGCUGUUAGGCUUAAAGAAGAAAGAAAAACUCAGUCAUUUCAAGUUCUAUUGGCAUGACAUUCUUAGUGGGCGCAACCCCACUUCAGUGUCGGUUGUUCCACCGUCUUUGAAGCUCAACACCACCACAGCAUUUGGCUUGGUCAAUAUGAUCGACAACCCUUUGACUUUGGGGCCCGAAUUGAGCUCCAAGCUUGUGGGCAAGGCUCAGGGAUUCUAUGCCUCAGCUUCCCAGACUGAAAUUGAUCUUCUCAUGGCCAUGAACUUUGCAUUCUCUGACGGGAAGUACAAUGGCAGCACCAUCACCAUCUUGGGGAGGAACUGUGUUUUCAACAAGGUGAGGGAGAUGCCUGUGAUCGGAGGCAGUGGCCUUUUCAGGUUUGCAAGAGGCUAUGCAGAGGCUAGGACCCAUUGGGUUGAUUUCAAGAGUGGGGAUGCUAUUGUUGAGUACAAUGUUUAUGUUAUGCAUUAUUGACGAUUUAUUUGAUUAUGGUAUAGAACAGAUCAUAUACACUUAAAGCUUUUUCUUUAGCGAUUCUCACUCUUUGUUUCUUUUGAGGGAUAUGGCAUUUGCUUUUGCUUUUGAUGCCUACCUUUGCCUUGUCAAGAGAUCGGGUUUAUUGCUAUUAACCCAUCUCUGUUCCCUAUUUAAUUAUGUUGUAUUUGUGGUUGGUGUGAUAUUUAGAAUAAUAAUUUAUGAUCCUCUUUAUAUUGCAUGCAAUUGGAAAACAAUGUAUGAUGUCUUGAACUGA